AUGGAGGAUACCAGAGCAAUCCAGCAGGAGGACAGUUUCCAGCAGCCAAAGCCAGGAGAUGAAGGACCCACCAAAACAAAUCCCCCCAAAAGGAUAAUCCACUUUGCAAAUGGAGACACCAUGGAAGAAUACAGCACUGAGGACGAGGAGGAAGAGGAAUGGAAGAAGAAUCAGAGCUUUGAUACUUCUCAACUUUCCUGGGGACCUUUCCUUUGGCUGUGGGCAAUCAGAAUUGCAAGUACCUCAUUUUCCACCUGUGAAUUUCUCGGUGGGAGGUUAGCCACUUUCUUUGGACUCAAUGAACCCAAAUAUCAGUAUGCAUUAGACGAAUACUACAGGACCCAAAAUCAGGACAGAGAUAGCGAGAGUGAAGGCGAUGACCCAAAGCUGCAGCAGACUGAUGUCUCAAGUGAAAAGUGGUACCUAGGAGCGCAAGGCAAAGAAUAUGGCAGCAUUGAAUAGAGGGCCUCAGUAGAGUCUUCUCAUCCUAGCCCUUCGUUAAGUGCUGAUGAAGUGGCAAGACCUGGACCAAAUGUCUCCAUAAUAGUGGCAGUAGUUUUGCUCUAUGUUCAGUUGCCAGGGCCACGGGAACAUAAGACCAUCUGAGAACAUCUCAACCCAACGAUACCUAGUCCCAUUCUCAAACACUCAAUCUGUACUAAGUGCUCAGAAAAGGACACUAUAACAGAGUUAGCAGAUACACUCCCAGUUCACAAUAAGAUUGAGCAAAACACUUUUAAUUGCAAUUAAACUCUGCAACU